AUGAGGCUAAUAAUUAACAUAGGCAUAUGUUUCAUGGUUUUGGUCAUGGCAACACAAGUGAAUAGUUUUGUGGGCAUCACAUGGGGAAGGCAACAAACACAACAAUUGGUUCCAUCUAUGGUUGUUGAUUUGCUUUUACAAAAUAAAAUUUCACAAUUGAGAUUAAUGACUUCAGGAUAUGAUAUUAUUGAAAUAUUUUCAGCCACUAAUAUUAGUGUUAGUGUUACUAUGGGAAAUUCAUUUAUGUAUCAAGCAAAUAGGAAAGACCUUGCAUAUAAUUGGGUAAAUGAUAGAAUCAAGGAUCCAAUCAACAAAGGUGCAAAUAUAGUGGAACUAACGGUUGGGUCUGAACCAUUUUCUAAUACAUUCUUGAAAAAAGCGACGAACUACAAUGUGGUGUCCGUGUUAAAACUCAUGCGAGAAAGUCUCGAUGAGAUGGGUUUAGGGUACGUUAGAACAACGACCGCACAUGGCAUGGAUGUAUUGAAUCAUACAAAAUUUCCAUCGGAGGCAGACUUUCGCGAUGACAUAAAAGUACAAAUGAUCGAAUCACUAGCGGAGUUCAAUCGAACCGGAGCUCCCUUUCUUCUUAUCUUGUUCCCAAUCCAUUUCGUUAAAGACGUAAUGAAUUACACCAUCGAGUUUGCGUUCUUUGAUAAUAAUAGCGGGUUCAAAAUUGAAGAUGGUAACAUUACGUACACAAACGCUGUGGAGUUAAUGAUCGAUUCCGUUGCGUGGGCUAUAAAAAAAGCAGGAUAUGGCAAUAUGAAAAUUAUGAUUGCUCAAAUUGGAUGGCCUACGGAUGGAUAUCCACAUGCAAAUAUUAAAAAUGCAGAGAGAUUUCACAAGGGGUUAUUGAAAUUUAUAACAUCAAAAAAAGGGACACCAAUGAAGCCAGGGCCACUUGACAUAUAUCUUCACAGCUUGUGUGAUGAGAAUCAAUUUCACAAGGUAUUUGGUACAUUUCAAAGACAUUGGGGUAUUUACGAGGCAGAUGGCAAUCCAAAGUACAAGAUUGAUUUCUCAUUACAGGGUCGCAACGAGUUACCUACACAAGCUAAGGGCAUUGUGAAAAUGCCAAAUCGAUGGUGCAAGUUCAAUGGGGACACAUCAAACGUGGAGUUGGUGAAUAAGAAUUAUGAUUUAGCAUGCCAAGAUUCAGAUUGUUCACAAUUGGAAAAAGGAGCUUCAUGUGAUGGACUAAGUUUUGCUUCCAAAGUUUCAUAUGCUAUGAAUGCAUUUUUUCAAAAGAACAAACAAGAAGUAAAAGCUUGUGAUUUUGAUGGUUUAGGCCAAGUUGUAGCAACAAAUCCCUCUGCGACAAAUUGUGAGUUUCCCAUUGAGAUAUUGUCAUUCCAAGAUCAAAGGGUUCAAAAUGGUAUGAUUUUAAGAAUUUGAAGAACAAAAAAUGGAAAUGAAGUUGUAUUUCAUUGU